GGAAGGAAGAGCAGGAGGAGUUUAAGAGGGGGAAAAAGUGUUCAACCUAAGAAGAAGAAACAGAUCAGACGGACAAGAAAAGAGAAGAAUGUUACUUAAAAGAAGUAGAAGAUUUGUGUUGAAUAUUCAAUCAGCUUAUCAAGAAUCAUCCUGAAGAAACAAACUACAGAGACAGAGGAGCAUUCUAACAGACCGGCAGUUGGCUAUCUGAAGACUUCCGGUGUGAACCAUUACUUGGAUGUUAGAUUAUAACCAUGACAACCACGUCCCUUUUGAAGAAGGUCGGACACUGAACCUGUGGAUUAUAAAUGUGGGCGGUGAAUUUUGGAUGUGAUCUCCGGACAACCUACCUGUUUGUCUGACUCCACCAUGUCCCUCGUACCCAACUGUCUACUUCCAAGACUCCUCCCCCUCCUCGUCAUACUGGCAUUGGGCCGGUGUCAGUUUGACGUGUGUCGCUCUCUGCGCAGCUCGGAGGCAGGGCCCGUGUUGGAGUUUUAUAGCUGUCAGCCUUCAACUGCCAACAUGAAGGAAGUGAUGCAGAUCAGAGUCGACCCCCCCGGUGUCACGUGUGGCAACCCACCUGAGAGAUUCUGCACUUUGGAGAACCCAUAUCUGUGCAGCGAUGAGUGUGAUGCAUCCAGCCCCGACCUGUCUCACCCUCCUCAGCUGAUGGGAGACAGGGAGAGGGGGGGGCUCAUCACCUAUUGGCAGACAGUCACAUGGUCGAGGUAUCCUGAACCGUUAUUGGCCAACAUCACUCUGUCCUGGAACAAGAGCCUGGAGGUGGUCGAUGACAUCAUUGUUAGCUUUGAGUAUGGCCGACCCACGGCCAUGGUACUGGAGAAGUCUAUGGACAAAGGUAAAACGUGGCAGCCGUAUCAGUACUACGCCGACGACUGUCUGGAAGUGUUUGGCAUGUCUCCUAAACGGGUCUCAGAUUUAGCACCGAGUAACUUGACCCGGAUCAUCUGUACCGAGCAGUACUCGCGCUGGGUUGGAGCCAAGGAGGAGAAAAACAUGGUUUUCGAGGUGCGCGCUCGGUUCGGGGUGUUCGCAGGUCCAAAGUUGAUCAACAUGGAUGCCCUGUACCUCCGUAUGGAGACCAUGAAGGGUCUGAGAGACUUCUUCACUUUCACCAACCUCCGCCUAAGACUUCUCCGUCCGGCACUGGGAGGCACCUACGUUCAAAGAGACAACCUGCUGAAAUACUUCUAUGCUAUCUCUAACAUCGAUGUACCUGCCAGGUGUAAGUGCAACCUGCAUGCAUCUCAGUGUGUAUUACGUGAUGCAACGCUGCAGUGUGAAUGCGACCACAACACAAGUGGACAAGACUGUCAGCUCUGCAUCCAGGGGUUCAAAUCCCGCAGCUGGAGACCAGGAUCAUACCUACCCUUGCCCAAAGGCACUGCCAACACCUGUGAGGCAGCAGAAACAACAUACAUGACGCCCUCUGACUCCACCAACUCAGCAGACAACAAAGACUUCACUCUCUCUGGGACUGGUACUACCAACUUGAUCAGCAGCAGUACCUUACCUGAUGAGAGGUCUACAACAUCCGCUGGAACACCAACAACAAGCAUCUCAGAAAUAACCCAGGCCAGUGACAGGGCUUCCCCUGGAGAUACUACAUCUACCGGAUCAGAUUUAACCAAUAAAGCCAAAGAUAUUCCACCCACUACAGGAGCUGACACAGCUUCCCCUGAUAUUUUUCCAGAAACUGUGACUAAUAUACCUCCUGAUGAUGUAGCACCUGUUGAUUUACCUCCGACUGAUGUACCAUUGGAAGCACCAGCUUUCAAGCUUCCUUCACCUGAAGAAUCUCAAUCUAAUAUAUCUCUGCCAGAAUUACCGCUUCCCAACGUACCCCCUCCAGAAUCUCCUCCUGCAAAUGUAAAUGCUCCAGCUAUACCUUCUCCAGAUAUAUCUUCCUCUGUUGCACUUCCUCCAAAUAUACCUUCCUUUAAUGUACCUCCGUCAGAUGUACCUUCCUCUGAUGAACCUCCUCCUGAUGUACCUCCUCCAGAUAUUCCAUCUCCUGAUUUACCGCCUCCAGAUACACCUUCCUCUGAUGCACCUCCAUAUAUACCUUUCCCGGAUCCCUUUCCCUCCCCAGAUGUACCUCCGCCAAAUGUAUCUCCUCCUAAUGCAUUUCCUCCAGAUGUACCUUCUCCAGAUAUACCUUACCCCGAUGUACCUCUUCCUGAGAAAAGUACUUCAGCUAUACCUCCCCCAGAUGAUCGUCCUGCGGAUUCAUCUCCCUCUGAUGAAAGUCCACAAGAUGUAUCUCCUCCAGAUGAACGCCCUCCAAAUGAACUUCCUCUGGAUGUAUCUUCCCUUGAUGAAGGUCCUCCAGAUGUAACUUCUACUGAAAAUCAGCCUCCAGAUACUCCUCCUCUGGAUGGACCUCCUCCAGAUGGCCCUCUUCCAAAUGCCUCUCCUACGGAUGCUCCUGCAGAACUCUUGUCGUCUCCUUCUGAAGGAGGAGGUGAUGCCGUACCAGACAAGAGCACCCCCUCCUUAGAUCAGUCUAGGCCUCCUGGGGAUUUGGCUCCGGUUGACUUCCGCUUCCCUUUUCCAAAUGGUCAAGAUUCAGGUUACCCUGCACCAGAUUUUGGACCACAGCCUGAGAUCUUACCAUUUGACUCCGGCAAAUCUGUUCCUGGACUGGAUUCUGUCUUAGAAGAGACAGAUGGGACAUAUACAGAGAAAGUAGGAAAUGAUGGAAUGGAAUCACCAAUCACUACAAGUGCUGCUCUAGAUUCUCUAUCGGAUUCUCGUCCAGCAGUAGAUGAUCAAGGAGUCAAAUCUACUGCAACUCAGAUGGAAGGAAAGUCUCCUGGAGAAGAAACAGCUGUCAGGGGACCGGCAGAAGGUUCAGAGUCGGAUGAAAAGGAAGAAGAGAAAGUCACUGAGGAAAAAGAGGAAAGUAAAGAAGGAAAGAAGGAGAAAGAGGAGAAAGGAUACGGAAAGAAAGCGACCCAGAAGAUUCUGAUUCCAGGAGGACCAAAGUUCAGCCAGCUGUCCAAAAUUGCCUACGUGACCUUCCAGGACUGUGAGUGUAACGGUCACUCCAACCGCUGCAGCUACAUUGACUUCAUCAACGUGGUCACAUGUGUGAGCUGUAAACACAACACACGAGGACAGAACUGUCAGUUUUGUCGUCCCGGUUACUAUAGCAACGCCCUGCUGUCUCUGGACAACGAGAACGUUUGUGUCGGUCAGUGA